GUGUGUGGUCUGUGACGCUCGUUGCCGUCAUCUAUCAAAACUACGAUAUAGAUAUUUUACAACUCUAAAAUAAAGUGGACAUGUUGGAUUAAGCGUAUCGAGCUUGAAAAGAGAGCCAUGGCGCGCUUUGUGCUGGCGAGCGGGGCGCUGCUCUGCGUGCUCAGCGCGGCGCUGCAGACGAGCGCGCUCACGGUGCUGCCGCAUGAUGUCCGACCUGGUCAUGCCGUACGCCACUUCGAAGGAAACUACUCCCGCUACACGCUGCUGGAUCCGGAGUACGCACCCUACUUCACUCUACUCGAUGAUGGACUCCUGAUGACCACUGCAGAUUUGGCGCCUCUACUCGAUCAAUCCUUGAACCUAGCCAUUUUAGAACAGACUCCGUUCAGCAGUUCAGCACAUUCGGUACAUCUCCUUGUAGUAGACCGCCGAAAAAUGCUUAGUUUCGCGACCAACGGGCUUCGCGGUGAAAUUCAAGAAAAUGCACCAGCGGGUACUGCUGUGGAUCUUUUGCCGAUUAAAGCUGCGGCUUCCCUAAAUGUGGGACCUGUGGCGUACAAAAUAAUAAAUGGUAAUGAAGAUUCCUUAUUCGCCUUGCGCGAAAAAACGAAGACUGGCAUACCAAGAGUAGCAUCAGUUAUUACAGAUGGCGAUGUGGAAAUAAUAGCAAUGAGACCGUUAGACGCUGAGGAAACGAAAUCUUAUGACUUAAUACUGCAAGCAACAGAUUUGAAAGGUAGUAACAAAGCAAACCUUGCUGUCAGAAUCGAUGUAACAAACGAGAAUGAUCACGAACCUAUUUUCGAGCAGGAUAUUUAUUACUUUGCUGUGAAUGGAAGUUUGGAUCAAAACUGUGAUAACGAAACAGCACAUUGGCAAAGGUUCUCAAAUAUUGGGAAAGUGCACGCUUUCGAUGGCGACGGAGAUCGAGUGUAUUAUUCAUUGAAAACACCCAGCAACUUGGCAGUUAUUGUGCCACAAACAGGCGAAUUGAUAUUAGCGGGAGAACCCGACGGCCAUGAAGCGGAGUUAGAAGUGCUUGCUCAUGAUACGGGCUCGCCGCCGCGCAAAAGUCGACCGGCUCAAGUCUUCCUAGAAUUCGUAGUGCGAAGUAAAAAAGAUCUUCCAGCAUUGCGUCGUCAGAAGCGACGUGUCACUCGCGCGGUCAGGCCGACGAAGCGCAUUGAGUUCACUGAGGCUGAUGGGGAAGUAGAAGGACGUGCGGUAUUCACGCUCGAAAAGGAGACUGAUCGCGAAACAUUUAAAAUUCGGGACGAAAAUCCAUGGGUAACUGUUGAACCAAGUGGUGUAGUGAAAGUUAAAAAGAAGUGGGACUAUGAGGAGUUGGGACCUGAGAAAACGAUCGACUUUUGGGUAACCAUCACCAAUGCUGGAAAUGGAGUGGCUUUGAAAUAUACCGACAAUCAACGGGUUAUAAUUCACGUGAAGGAUGUAAACGACGAGCCGCCGUAUUUCAUCAAUCGACCUCUACCGAUGCAGACAGUUGUGCAACUCAAUGCGGCUCCCAAUACACCGGUGUUCACUCUACAAGCCAGAGAUCCAGACACGGACCACAACAUUCACUACUUCAUAGUCAGAGACCGGACCGGAGGGCGAUUUGAAGUGGACGAGAGAUCUGGCGUCGUCCGCACGAGGGGAACGGACCCAUUCCAAUUGGAUAUGGAAUACGUCCUGUAUGUCAAGGCCGAAGAUCAGAGCGGUCGUGUUGACGAGAGGCGGUUUCAAUCGACACCGGAGGAAAGGCUGAGCAUUGUAGGCGGGAAACGAGCGCCGCAGUUUUAUCUAUCCAACUACGAAACAGAGAUAGCAGAGAACCAAAAGAAAGAUUCGGAUAUAAUAUCGGUAAAAGCGAAAUCGUUUGCGGACCGAGAAAUUCGGUACACACUGAAAGCGCAAGGGCAAGGCGCGGGCACCUUCAACAUAGGACCGACUUCGGGCAUCGUGAAGCUGGCGAAGGAACUCGACUUCGAGGAUCUGCGACAGCCGCACGUGUAUUCCCUGGUCGUCACCGCCACUGAAGACUCUGGUGGAUUCUCCACUUCUGUUGAGUUGACAAUUCGUGUGACUGAUGUGAACGACAAUGCACCCAAAUUCGAGCUGCCGGACUAUCAGGCGCACAACGUGGAUGAAGACAUCGCAAAAGGGACCAGCAUUCUAAAGGUGAAAGCCAUGGACGCCGACUCCGGAAAGAACGCAGAAAUUGAAUAUUUAGUUUCAGAUGACCACUUUGCUGUAGACAACAAUGGCAUAAUAACAAAUAAUAAACAAUUAGACGCAGAUAAUAAUAAUGCAUAUUAUGAAUUUGUUGUCACCGCUCGGGAUAAAGGAGAACCGGCAAAAACCGGAACGGCCACAGUCCGUGUUUAUACUAAAAAUAAAAAUGACGAAGAACCAAAAUUCUCUCAGCAAGUUUACACUCCAAAUGUCGACGAAAAUGCUGGACCAAAUACUUUAGUAACAACAGUUGUAGCUUCAGAUAAAGAUGGGGACAAUGUUCGUUUUGGAUUUGUCGGCGGAGGGACGAGUUCUGGACAAUUUGUUAUUGAAGAAAUCACUGGAGUAAUUCGACUGCACAAUAAGCCUAUAUCAUUAGACAGGGAUAAGUAUGAACUAAAUGUAACGGCCAUGGACGAUGGUGCAUGUUGCGUCAAUGGGGACACGACUAUACAUACGUCAACUGCUGUUGUAGUUGUGUUUAUAACGGAUGUAAACGAUAACAAGCCUAUCUUCAAAGAUUGUCCAACUUACUUCCCUAAAGUAGAAGAAGGUGCUCCAAAUGGAAGUCCCGUUAUAAAAGUACACGCGACUGAUGAAGACAAAGGUGUUAAUGGUCAAGUUAAGUAUUCAAUUGUUCAACAACCUAAUCAGAAAGGUACCAAGUUUACAGUGGAUGAAGAAACUGGGGAAGUUUCUACGAACAAGGUAUUCGAUAGGGAGGGUGACGAUGGAAAAUUUGUAUCGGUCACGGUAAAAGCUACGGAUCAGGGCGAGCCAUCGUUGGAAGGCGUUUGCUCGUUUACGGUAGAAAUAACCGAUGUUAAUGAUAAUCCUCCAUUAUUCGAUCGACAAAAAUAUGUGGAAAAUGUAAAACAAGAUGCCAGCAUAGGUACCAAUAUAUUGAGGGUUUCUGCGUCCGAUGAGGAUGCCGAUAAUAACGGUGCAAUAGUUUACACACUAACUGCGCCGUAUAACCCAGCCGAUAUAGAUUACUUUGAAAUCCAACCCGAAUCGGGUUGGAUCGUACUUAAAAAGCCUUUGGACCGGGACAGGUAUCGACUGCGCGUGCGUGCCUCCGACAGAGGCGACCCGCCCUCCUCUGCAGACGUGGACGUUGAAUUAGACGUGGUAGACAGGAACAAUAAGCCCCCCAUCUGGGACAUGUCCACGUAUGGCCCCGUUCACAUCAAAGAGAAUGUCACAGUGGGUACCGUAGUGACCAGUGUGAAAGCAAGUUCUGGGAUUGAAAAUAACCCGACGGUGUUUUAUCGCCUGAUGCCCGGCUCCACUGCUCAAACAAACAAGUUUCAUACAUUUUACUUGCAACAAAGAUCUGAUAAUGGAUUUACGUGGGCAGAUAUAAAAGUCAAUCAUCCGUUAGACUACGAAAGUAUUAAGGAAUACAACUUAACUAUUCGAGUGGAGAACAAUGGAGCACAGCAACUUGCCUCUGAGACCACGGUCUACAUAAUGCUUGAAGACGUCAACGACGAGAUCCCGUUGUUCACGGAGCGUGAGCAGGAGACGGUGCUGGAGGGCGAGCCCAUCGGCACCAAGGUCACGCAGGUCAACGCCAUCGACAAGGAUGGGACGUUCCCGAAUAAUCAAGUGUACUACUACAUCGUGGAUUCUCCGCGCAACGAGGGCAAGGACUUCUUCGAGAUCAGUAUGCAGACUGGAGAGAUCUUCACGAAGGUGGUGUUCGACAGGGAGAAGCAGGGAGCGUACGCGCUGGAGGUGGAGGCACGCGACGGAGCACCGUCAGCCCGACCUAACUCCGAUAAUCAACCGAAUUCAGUGACGAAGUUCAUCCGCAUCGGCAUCGCUGACAAGAAUGAUAACCCUCCUUACUUCGACAAGGAGCUGUACGAAGCAGAAGUGGACGAGAAUGAAGACAUUCAACACACUGUGCUCACCGUCACCGCCAAAGAUCACGAUGAAUCGUCGCGUAUUCGAUACGAGAUCACGAGCGGGAACAUAGGGGGCGCGUUUGCUGUCAAAAACAUGACAGGCGCCAUCUACGUGGCCGGCGCGCUGGACUAUGAAACUAGGAAACGGUACGAGUUGAAACUGGCUGCUUCGGACAAUCUGAAAGAGAAUUAUACUACGGUGGUGAUCCAUGUGAAAGAUGUCAACGACAAUCCUCCAGUAUUCGAAAGGCCAACCUACCGCACGCAGAUCACCGAAGAAGUCGACCGAAAUCUUCCAAAACGUGUCCUACAGGUUACUGCGACGGACGGCGAUAAAGAUCGGCAGCAAAACAUCGUAUACUUUUUAACUGGACAGGGAAUUGAUGCAGAUAAUCCUGCAAAUAGCAAAUUUGAUAUAAAUCGCACAACUGGCGAAAUAUUUGUUCUUCGGCCCCUGGAUCGUGAUCAACCAAACGGAAGACCACAGUGGAGGUUUACGGUAUUCGCUCAAGACGAAGGUGGGGAAGGCCUAGUAGGCUACGCGGAUGUUCAAGUGAAUCUUAAGGAUAUUAAUGAUAAUGCACCUAUCUUCCCUCAAGGAGUUUACUUUGGAAAUGUUACUGAAAACGGCACUGCGGGCAUGGUUGUUAUGACAAUGACUGCAUUAGAUUACGAUGACCCUGCCGAAAGUAACAACGCAAAGUUAUGGUACUCUAUUGAAAAGAAUGUCAUCGAAGAAGAAACCGGUUCACCCAUAUUUGAAAUUGAGCCAGAAACCGGUGUUAUAAAAACAGCAGUAUGUUGUUUAGAUCGUGAACGAACUCCUGAUUAUUCCAUACAAAUAGUCGCAUCGGAUGGCGGGGGGCUUAAAGGGACCGGUACGGCAUCAAUUCGUGUUAAAGAUAUUAAUGACAUGCCUCCACAAUUUACUAAAGAUGAAUGGUUUACUGAAGUUGAUGAAACUGAUGGUACUAAUUUACCAGAAAUGCCUAUUCUCACUGUAACAGUUCAUGACGAGGAUGAAACAAAUAAAUUUCAGUAUAAAGUUAUUGAAAACAGUGGUUAUGGAGCUGAUAAAUUUACAAUGGUUAGAAAUAAUGACGGUACUGGUUCGUUAAAAAUAGUUCAACCAUUAGAUUAUGAGGACCAGUUACAAAGUAACGGUUUUAGAUUUAGAAUUCAAGUGAAUGAUAAAGGAGAAGAUAAUGACAACGACAAAUAUCAUGUAGCUUAUUCGUGGGUUGUGGUAAAAUUAAGAGAUAUUAAUGACAAUAAACCGCAAUUUGAACGGGCUAACAUAGAAGUAUCUGUAUAUGAAAAUGCAGAAGUUGGCAAAAGUCUUGAAACAUUUAAGGCGACUGACCCCGACCAAGGUGGAAAAAGUAAGGUUUCUUAUGCCAUCGAUAGAUCUUCGGAUAGAAAGCGACAGUUCUCAAUUAAUCAAGAAGGCACUGUUAGCAUACAAAGAGCAUUAGAUAGAGAAGACACACCAAGGCAUCAAGUCAAAAUAUUAGCUAUCGAUGACGGUGUCCCACCAAGAACUGCGACCGCAACGUUAACUGUAAUAGUUCAAGAUAUAAAUGAUAAUGCACCCACCUUCUUAAAGGAUUACAGACCAGUAUUGACGGAACACAUAACACCGAAAAAAGUGGCAGAAAUCUUAGCGACUGAUGAUGAUGAUAGAUCUAAAAGCAAUGGACCUCCAUUCCAGUUCCGGCUGGAUCCUGGUGCAGAUGAUAUUAUAAGAGCAUCAUUUAAAGUAGAGCAAGAUCAAAAAGGUGCCAACGGAGACGGAAUGGCUAUUGUGUCCUCUUUGAGAUCAUUUGAUAGAGAACAGCAAAAAGAAUAUCUUAUUCCAAUUAUUAUCAAAGACCACGGUAAUCCAGCCAUGACUGGGACAAGUACACUAACUGUGGUUAUAGGAGAUGUUAAUGACAAUAAAAUGCAACCUGGUUCUAAGGAAAUUCUUGUGUAUAAUUACCAAGGCCAAGCACCAGACACUGAAAUUGGACGAGUAUAUGUGUAUGAUCUAGAUGAUUGGGAUUUGCCGGACAAAAAAUUCUAUUGGGAAAGUUCAGAACAUCCUAACUUUACUUUAAAUGAGGAAACAGGGAUGAUUCAAAUGAAACACAAGACAAGGGAAGGUAGAUAUCAUUUGAAAUUUAAAGUUUAUGAUAGAAAACACACUCAGACGGAUGUCCCAGCUAAUGUCACGGUGUACGUCAAAGAAAUAACACACGAAGCAAUUAUAAAUUCAGGUUCCAUACGGAUAUCUGGUAUUUCUGAUGAAGAUUUUGUCCGUGUAUGGAAUUACAAAACACUUAGUGUAUCUAGAAGUAAACUAGAUAUUUUUAAAGAUAAAUUAGCCGACCUGCUUAACACUGAAAGGGAAAAUAUCGAUAUAUUCAGUGUUCAACUGAGGAAGAAACACCCACCUGUAACUGAUAUACGAUUUUCAGCGCAUGGGGCUCAUUUCUAUAAACCAAUUCGACUAAAUGGUAUUGUACUCAUGCAUCGAGAAGACAUUGAAAAAUCUGUAGGAAUCAAUAUAACUAUGGUCGGUAUUGAUGAAUGUAUUUAUGAGAAUCAAAUGUGUGAAGGAUCAUGUACAAAUGUACUUGAUAUUAGUAAUCUACCCUAUAUGGUAAAUGCAAAUAAAACUGCUCUUGUUGGUGUUCGAGUCGAUGUGAUCGCUGAAUGUACUUGUGGAGCCAGAAACUUCACUCAAGCUGAAACUUGUCGUAAUUCACCGUGUUAUAAUGGAGGUCGAUGUAUAGAAGGAAAAUACGGUUUGUCAUGCUCAUGCCCACCCGGAUAUACAGGUCCAAGAUGUCAACAAACAUCGAGAAGCUUUAGAGGUACGGGCUGGGCGUGGUACCCCGCUUUGGAAAUGUGUGAUAACUCUCAUCUAAGUUUCGAGUUCAUAACAAGAAAAUCGGAGGGAGUAUUACUUUACAAUGGACCCAUAGUACCACCUGAGCCUGAAGAAAUAAUGGUAUCUGAUUUUAUAUCUGUAGAACUAGAUAGAGGUAAUCCACGACUACUUAUCGAUUUUGGAUCUGGCACUUUAGAACUAAGAGUGAAAACUAAAAAAUCUUUGGACGACGGUGAAUGGCAUCGAAUUGACAUUUUUUGGGAUACUGAAAACGUAAGAAUGGUAGUAGAUUUCUGCAAAUCAGCUGAUAUACAGGAAAUGGAAGACGGAACACCUCCUGAAUUCGAUGAUUCAUCUUGUCAAGCCUCGGGAACCAUCCCACCGUUCAACGAGUACCUAAAUGUGAAUGCACCACUGCAGAUUGGCGGCUUGUAUAUCGACCAUUUCGACCCUACCCACUACCAUUGGCAAUUUAUGCCAAUAGGAAAAGGUUUUGAUGGAUGCAUACGUAAUUUAAUUCAUAACAGUAAACUAUAUGAUCUAGCUCAUCCUGGAUUGUCAAGAAAUUCUGUAGCUGGUUGCCCACAAACAGAAGAGAUCUGUAAUCAGGCAGAUACAACAUCCAGAUGUUGGGAACAUGGCACUUGCGUGGGUAGUUUUUCUGAAGCUCGUUGUCAAUGCCAACCAGGUUGGACUGGUCCUGCUUGUAACUUGCCCACCACCCCGACUAGUUUUCGUCCACAAAGUUAUGUGAAGUUUGCACUGAGCUUCGAACCGGACAGAUUUAGUACACAAAUACAGCUACGCUUUAGAACACGAGAGCCGCAUGGAGAGCUCUUCAGAGUAAGCGACCAGCAUAAUAGAGAAUAUGGUAUUCUUGAGGUAAAAGAUGCUCGAUUACAUUUUCGUUACAAUCUUAACUCAUUACGAACAGAAGAACGCGACGUAUGGCUUAACUCAGUAGCUGUUGAUGAUGGACAAUGGCAUAUAGCCCGUGUGAGUAGAUAUGGCAGCGCCGCUACCCUUGAAAUAGAUGGUGGCGAAGGGAGGAGGUACAACGAGUCAUUUAGGUUUGAAGGUCAUCAGUGGUUGUUAGUUGAUAAGCAAGAGGGAGUCUACGCUGGUGGCAAAGCUGAAUAUACUGGCGUUCGAACUUUUGAAGUAUAUGCCGAUUUCCAGAAAGGUUGUCUCGAUGAUAUUAGGCUGGAAGGCAAACAUUUGCCAUUACCGCCCGCCAUGAACGGCACACAAUGGGGUCAAGCCACUAUGGCUAGAAAUCUUGACCGUAACUGUCCAUCAAAUAGUCCUUGCAUCAAUGUUCACUGCACCGAGCCCUUCGUAUGCGUCGAUCUUUGGAACGAAUAUGAAUGCACGUGUCCGGGAGGGUCAACUCGUGCCGGGGGCACGUGCGUCAACGUGAAUGAGUGCCUGGGCCGGCCGUGCCUGAAUGGGGGCACGUGCGUGGACCGUGAGCCAGCGCGCCGCUACGACUGCGUGUGUGCGCUCGGCUACGCUGGACAUGACUGCGAGCUUGUCUUGCUCGCCUCCGGGAUCAUCACCCCCUCCAGAGAUUUCAUAAUAGCUAUCAUUGUCUGUUUGUUUUUGCUUUUAGUACUGGUGUUAGUGUUCGUGGUGUACAACCGUCGUCGUGAGGCGCAUAUCAAAUACCCAGGGCCGGACGACGACGUCCGCGAGAACAUCAUUAAUUACGACGACGAAGGUGGCGGCGAGGAUGACAUGACUGCAUUUGACAUCACUCCCCUGCAGAUACCGAUCGGCGGACCUCUCCCUGACCACGCUCCCGCUAAACUACCAUAUCCGCUGAUGGGAGUGGGUAUCGGCGUUGGCCCGAUGGGCGUGGCCAUCGGCGUGCCGCCGGUACUGCCACUGCCUGGCGAGACCAAUGUCGGCAUGUUCAUCGAGGAGCACAAGCGGCGAGCCGACAGCGAUCCCAACGCACCACCCUUUGACGACCUUCGCAACUACGCAUACGAAGGUGGCGGCAGCACGGCUGGCUCUUUGUCUUCCUUAGCUUCCGGUACUGACGACGAAACACAUGAAUACGAUUACUUGGGCGCCUGGGGACCGCGAUUUGACAAAUUGGCCGACCUCUACGGUCCCGACAUGGACGAGCAGCUCUAGGCGACACGGUGCAACAUCGCCCACAACACGGCGUUUUAGUCAAUUGUCUCCCAUUAAACUAUCCUGUAAGCCGUUAUAAGCCGCUAUAAAAUACGCUCCUUGACUUGUGUUAUUUUAAGAUAUUAUUUGAUAUUAAUCACGUCAGACACAUCGCCGUGGCAAGCUGUUCUCAUCGUGUACUUUAUUUAUAAACAUUAAACUUAAGCUACUUAUCUUUAAAUUAAUUUAUUUUAAAUGCGACGUUUUUUUAUAAAGCAAAAACGUACUACUCACCAAAUAUUCGAUAUAAGUUUUUAUUAUACUUAGCCAUAUUAUGAGUCAGUAUUUUAUUGGAAGUUGUCGAGAUAAGGGGCAUUUCUACUGGAGGGCCAGACGUGAACCUGAAUCUGGGUGUUUGUAGAUAGUGUGCUAUAAAUGUGAAUAAUUUAUACGAGUAUUUUGUAAGUUCACAGCUUUACGUGAUAUCACUGUAAUGGAUGGCCCUUCCGUAUUAAAUCGACUCGAUUGGAGUAUAGAAAGAACAUGUUAUAUUUUAUAAUAUUAAGUAAUAAAUAAUUAGAUUAAUUGGUCCGUUCGGCCGCCCAAUCUGUAGCUCUCAGUGGAUCCGUGGAUUAUUUAAGGGAUGUAUAUACGAUUUAUUCAAAACAUUCACCCCUUACCUAGGUAAAUGUAAAACUUAACAUUCAAUUUGAAAUUUCAGUGUAAAAACUGUACAGUAACUGGUGUUCCUCUCCAAAUAUCUCUGUGUAGUGCUAGAUAAUGUUUAGAGAUACGGAAAGGACUACCUGCAAUGUACUUCCUGUACUAAUCAUUAAUGGUGAAUGAUUCUGUGUUGGCAUUACGACUACCUUAUGAAGCUGAAUGAUAGCGUGCAAGUGAAAAGCAGCGGAACGAAUGACAAAUAGCGAAGAGAACGAAUGAGCGAAUGAGCUGGAGUGCUUCGGGGAUUGUGUGCGAGCGGUCGCAGGGAAGGGAGGGGCGACGCUGCGAUAUGAAUGGGACUGUGCCAAUUUUAGCGUUAUCAAUGCAGCUGACGACGGUAGGUUUAAGUGUUUGCACUUUAUUUAUUCGUAUAUUUACAUAAAUAUAAAUUUAGUCGCACCUAGAAAAAUAUCAAUAACUUACUAAGAGUGUUGUGCUAGAUUAUUCCAUCGAUUUUGACGUGAGAUAGUUGUUGAAACCGUUAGAAAGUCACUAAUUUAAAUCCUUAUUUUUAAGAAUUUAUAGUAAAAAAAAUUAAAUUAAUUGAAGGUUUAUAAUGGAACUGUCUCACUUCGACAUCGAAUUAGGAUCUGUGUAAAUUUUAGAAUAUAUUAUACUUAAUUGUGUUAAAAUGACUGAUUUUUUAUUAUGCGUUUGAAAGCCUAAGAUUUUUGUAGAUUCGGUUGUUUAUUAUUAACUUGAAUACCUUACUGUAAGAACACCCACUAGUUUGCACUCAAGACGAAUACUCGAGUUAUCAAUAAUAAAGCAAUUCUCGUUAAUUACUAUUCGUGUAAGUAGACAUAUUAGUUAGGCCCAAAUCGACGUGACGUUUUUAAUUUUUACCAUUCUUUAUUUUAUAUAAUUAUCAUUACACUGCCAGUAAUCAUACAUAUUAUAGACGAAUUAUUAUAGAGUUUGUCCGAUUUUAUAUUUCAGUCUUAUACAAUUGUAUUUUAUAAGUUUUUGAACUGUUUAUGAGAUAUAUACUUUUCCGAUUCGAUGUUCUCUACGUCACUGCGUACGAAAGCGAAACAUUUUAAUUUCCCUGUAAGCUCUGAUGUCUUAGGGUGCGUUUUCAGUAACUGAAAAUAUUACAAUUUAUAUUUUUAAUCCGAUCGAAGCAUCAAACAUUAAUAAAACAACUUUCCUUGUAUAUAACAUUCUUAAAAAUUGUUAGCGGAAAACAUACAAUUGAAGUAAUUCAUUAAUUUAAUUCCUACAUUUGGUAUAGUGAAAACGUACCCUUUGUAUGUGUACAUUUUGUGUAAAUCUAUUCAAUACAAUUGUCAAUAACAGUUCAAUACACUUUCUGUGUUACUAAUUCUAAAAUGAAAUUAGUAUACGAGAAACUGCAGUAUAUGUAAUUGUUCAAUACUAUGUGAGCUCUUUCGUCUAUCCUUUAUAAGCUAAAUGGCAAUAAUAAUUACAUUACUUCGCUGUGAAUUUGAAAUAAAUAUAACUUGUACACACGACAGCAGAGCACAUUCUCCUAGUACAAAUGAACAGACGUGGCGCCGCGCCCGUUAACACAGCACCUAAUUAUUAAUUUUAGAUUAUAAUUACGAUAUACCUACAUACUUUUGUUUUGUUUCAACUGUGAUUAUUAAGUUAUACAAUUCUGACAAUUAC